UACAUAGUUUUUUAUCAAUCGCACCUUAUAAAAGACACAUCGGAUCAAUUAUUCAAGUUCCACUGUUCAUCCGAUAUUGGUAUCGAAGACAUACUUCUGGUUCAACAAAAUUGUUUGAAAGAAAAAAAACCAUUAUGCAUUUCAUAAUUGCAGUUAUCCUCUGUGCGUUGUACUUCGUGACCAUGACAAAGAGCGUCGGAGUCAAUUUGGAACAAGUCAAACUGAUUGUUGAUUUAGUAAAAGAAUCCGAAAUCACUGUAGACAAAACUACCCCACAACAAUUCAGAGCAAAGUUAGUAGAAUUGGGCGUGGACAAUGUGGAAGGUUGGAAAUACGAAGCAGGUACGACAGACGGCCAAAAAACACAAAGUGUAAUGGUAUAUCUGGCCAAAAACAAUAAGACCGAAGACAAAUGGGUGACCAGAAGCUUAUCAUCCCAAGAAGUAAUAGUUUACUUAAGCCUGUUCACUUAUCAGGACAAACAAGGCUCCAUUGAAGAUGGUCUGCUUAACCCAGAUGAAGUAAAAAGUGUCAUUCAAGCUUUAGGAUUAAAUCAAGCCGGGAAAAGAAGUUUGGAAUGGUUUUUCCAAGGUGACGAAACGGUUAAUUUCGCGGAGUUCUUAUUUGGCUUUUUGACAGUAAAAGAAAGAGGCAUAGAAGGAUUAGACCGAGGGCUAGACAUGAAUCAGAUUAUAUAUCUGAGCAAUAAUAUACUACAGAACAAAAGAAACGAUAUCAUUCAAUCUUUAAAAAUAAUAACGUUCAUCCAUGGUUUACGAAUAAUUAUUGGCAAGCACGAUGAGUGGGAAUUUGAACGCUUUCAAAAGUGGCCCUUAGAGAUGCAAGAGCUGGUGGUUGUUUCAGCAGAAUACAACACAACGGCCAACGAUAAAAAAGGAGUCAUUUCUGUCUCUGAAGUUAGAGGUUAUGUAUGGAGAUUCGCUGCUAACGAUAAAAACCUUGACGGUUUUCUCAGUGGGGAUGAACUUGACGAGGUUGUCAAGUGUCAGCAAUUCGAAGGAGAAACUGUUUCAUCUCUAAUGGACGGCGAUAGCAGUGGCGACGGCAAACUUGACAUUUUGGAAAUGUUCGCCUUGAUAAUUAAGAAGCUUAAGCAGUAAAAAGUUUUUUGAGUUUUUGCUGAAUUGAAUAUAAUAUUAAAUGAUAUACUUACGUAUAUUUUUUGGGAGUACUAUAAUUAUGGAUAACACUUUUUAUGUUUUAUGAUUCUUUUCAAAACUGUAUAAUUUUACACAUUUAUGUUAAUUAUUUAAUGAUUUUAGUAUUUAAUGUACAACGUUUUUAAUCUAUAUUAAUAAAAUGAGAUAAGAUUUU